AUGACGAAUGUACGACGAUCGAUGCGGCGACGUGAGGGUCCCAUGAAACGUGUGUUCACGUCUCCUGGCGGGGGUGUCGAAAUCCCGGCUGGUAGAGAGCAGACCUUCGUUUUGGAUGGACCGCAUACAAGUAACUGGGACGAGAGCAAGGAUACUGAAAGUGAGGCAAUCGUGCGCGCCGGCCUGACCCGUCUGUCUGGUGCAGACAAGGAUCUCGUGAAAGGUUCGUUCUUCAAAAAGAACAUGGAUGCGGAGAAUGUGCUGCUGCCUGUGACUCUGGACGGGUCCAACAGGAAGCGGCUGCAUGGCGCUGUAGAUGGUUUGCCUGGAACAAUCAGUUAUUUGGGGAAUGAGACUCCUGGCAUUGGCCUCUUGGUGGCGAGCGCCACGCAAACUAUCAGACUUGGCUCCGAACGACACAAGUGUGAUUUUGAAGGGAGUCACAAUUUCUGUUCACAUAUUCCUGCUCCCAUAGCUAUUGGGUGUCACCUGUACAAGGAUCUCGUCCUCCCUCUUCAGCUCAUGUAG